AUGACACUAAGAACGGACCGCGCCUUCUAUAAAAAGACUCGAAGCAAUACCAUCAUCAAGCUUGUGAGAGAACAAUAUCUACGAAACGAUAUUCCUUGUUUGUCAGAGGCCUGCACAUCAGCAAAAUGCAACAAUAUCAGUCGUCAAACAGCCUUAUUAAGUUCAGCAGCAGACCACUAUAUUAUACCUGACACAUCUGUUAUAAUGCGAUACCUGGAAAUUUUAGAACAAGACCAGAUAACUAAUAUUAUUUGGAGUCAAACUGUUACUAUAAACCUGCAACAACAUGACAAGUCGAAAACAUACAAAAAACUUCGAGAAAUCACCAAUGAUUCGAGAAAGAAGAGCAUCAUGUUCUACAAUGAAAUAUUCGAGGAGACCAAAGUUUUGCGAGUUCCUGCCGAAUCAAGUACCGUGCGUGAUUGGAGAGCACACUGUCAAUUGGCUCUGUGGUACGAUACGCAUCUCAACCACACUAAAAAGAUUAUAUUACUCUCUGAACUGGAUCAUACGCAUGACGAAACACUGAACAAUGUUGUCGUUAUGACUACUCGACAGUACUUGGAUACCUACUACAAGCAUGAUGUUGUGCUACAGAAUUUGGUACAUGUUUUGGCUGAUGUUGUUUUGGAAGACAGUGAGGAUGGAAAGAUUAGAAUUGCCUCAAAGAAAUCGGGUGGUCUGAGUGCUGUAAACACGGCUGUAUCUGGUUAUUCCGAGUACAAAUCAAUGGACGAGUUGGAAGUGGGCAUCAAAUCACAUCGCUAUUUUUCAGGUGUAUUGAGAUGCAGAAAGGACAGUCGAGAUCAGGCCUAUGUCAAUGGUGGUAGCCAUCUUGGAAAGGAUAUUUUGAUUAUUGGAAACGACAAUAGAAAUCGAGCAGUUCAUGGAGAUGCUGUGGUAGUAGAGCUGCUCUCUGAUAGCAACUGGGCAACACCAUCAAACGAGAUUGCAUUCAGUAGCAGCAACGCCGAAGAUGAGUAUGAGGAGGACAGAUUCACUAGUGCAGCAGCAGCAUCCACUCAGCCCACAGGCAGAGUUGUUGGUGUCUUGAAUCGAAAUUGGAGAUCCUAUGUCGCUACAUUACAAGAAGAUAGCUCGGUAGUGGGUGGAUCCAUCCACCUCGCCAUUCCUUUGGAUCCAGUUGUACCAAAGAUCAGAAUCAGAUAUCAAGAUGUCAAACUGAUCGAAAAUCAGCGUAUUGUUGUGCGUAUCGAUAAUUGGCCCAUUUCAUCGCAGUACCCAAAUGGUCAUUUUGUACGCUCGCUGGGCCCUGUUCAUCAGUUGGAUACCGAAAUAUCAGCAAUUCUAGUCGAACACUCAAUCUCGGUAUCUCAAGCAAGUCAAGGGUUUAGUCAAAUGUCCCUGAACGAAAUGCCUAUCGAUACCCCUGAAAAUCCUUGGAAACCAGAUCAGGAUGAAAUUAAAAGGAGAAGAGAUCUUCGAAACUUGACUGUGUUUAGCAUUGAUCCUCCCAAUUGUCAAGAUAUUGAUGAUGCACUGUCUGUAAAGGAAUUGCCGGAUGGAAAUAUCGAGCUAGGCGUUCAUAUUGCCGACGUGAGUUAUUUUGUAAAGGAAAACUUCAUCACUGAUCUUGAAGCGAGAUCCAGAGGAACUACUGUAUAUUUAGCGGACAGACGUUUUGAUAUGUUGCCAUCCGUUUUGAGUGAAAGAAUUUGUUCACUGCGUCAUAAGGUGGAUCGUUACGCAGUGUCUGUCAUUUGGACUAUGAGCAAAGACUACAAAGUGAUCGAUACGUGGUUUGGUAGAUCUAUCAUCAACUCCAGCUGCGAAAUGGAAUAUGAACAAGCACAGCAAUUGCUAGAUGGAAAAUCAGUUACAACAGGCUUAGAUGCAUCUUUGUGUAAAAAGUUAAAGCCUUGUGUGGUAAAACUAGCACAAGUGCUUCGUGUCUUUAGAAACAAACGUUUGAAUCAAGGUGCUUUGGAGUUGGAAGGAUCUGAAAUCAAGUUCAAGAUUACAGACAAGCAUGAAAUUACUGAUAUGAAUAUCCUUUUCACUGUACUAUACAAAUUUCUUACUAACGCACUACGAUAUACAUGUAUCCAUCCUUAA